UGCCGUGGCGACGGAGCCGCGGCCUGUUGUGGCUCCUGCUUUAGCAAUCCAAAGCGGUCCUUCUUCCUCCCGGUCGCCAUGUCUCUGCGGACGCUUCCUUUGCUGGUCCUGAACCUGGGAGGGGAGAUGCUCUACAUCGUGGACCAGCGGCUCCGCGCCCAGAGCAUCCCGGGAGACAAGGCCAGGCAAGAUGAAUGGACUGAUGAGGACAGGAAACGAGUGAUGAAUGACAUCAUUGGGGGCCUAUUCAACAAAAAGUUCAUGGACGAGCUGUUUAAGCCGCAAGAACUCUACUCCCGGAAGGCAUUGAGGACCGUCUUUGAGCGGCUGGUUCACGCCUCCAUCAUGAGACUGAACGCACCCAGUAUGGAUAAGCUCUACGAUCUAAUGACCAUGGCUUUCAAAUACCAAGUCUUGCUUUGCCCUCGUCCCAAAGACCUUCUCCUCAUCACCUUCAACCACCUGGACACCAUCAAAGAGUUCAUUUACGAAUCGCCCAAAACUCUGACCCAAGUAGACGUAACUUUCCGAAGGCUCAUUGAUACUUAUGGCUCGCUCUCUGCUGGGGAAUUUCAACUCAUCCGACAAACGCUGCUCAUCUUCUUCCAUGACAUACACAUCCGGGUUUCCAUUCUGUUGAAGGAUAAAGUGCAGAACUCAAAUGGCCACUUUGUGCUGCCAACCUCGGGUCCCGUCCCUUGGGGAACAGAUGUCCCAGGAGUCAUCAGACUUUUCAACAGUAAAGGAGACGAAAUCAAACGGACUAAGUUUACCCAUGGAGGAAAUUUCGUCCUGCCAUACCGGGAAGGGUCCUUCGAGCUCCACGGAGAUAGAGUCAUUAAAUUGGGAACUAACAUCUACAGCAUCAGCCGGCCUGUGGAGACCGACAUGUCAGGAGCUGCCAAAAAUUUGGCAUCCCGUGUAAAGGAGAACACAGCUCCCAACCCGCUGGCUAAAGAAGAGCUGAAUUUGUUGGCCCGGCUGAUGGGUGGCCUGGAGGUCAAGAAGCCGACUGAGUCUGGCUUCCGGCUCAAUCUCUUCACCACGGACGAGGAGGAAGAGCAUGCUGCCCUGACUCGCCUGGAGGAGUUAUCGUAUCAGGUUAUCAAGAUAAACGCAGAACAGGACCAGCAACGGAACGAGGAGCUGACGCGCAUCAUGGGGGAGUUUGAGGAAGUGGAGCAGCCUCAGCCGCCAAGCAGCAAGGGGGCCGACUUGCUGGCCAUGAUGGAUGAGCUCUGACUCUCCCUCCGGGACGCUGGGUGCGAAAGAGCGGGCUGUCCCUGCCAUCUCGACGUGGGCAGCCAUGCACCUUGCUGUGUUGGCCUUCUGUAGAAAAGAGUGGCUCCUCAUCCAUCUGUCCAUCCGUUUGUGUUGAGUCACUCAAGGCAGCGUGGCGGUGCUUAGGUGCGCUUAACCAUCCCUUUCUCAGGCUUAGAGGAGGUCCAAGGGCAGGGAGUCAGGGGCAGGCGGAGGCUUUCAUUGCUGCCUCCCUUUCAUGAGCUAUUAAUGUUCUGGAUGGAGCUUUGUGGGGUUGGAAAGUGGAGCAGCCAAAGAGGAAGCAGGCCAUUGUAUUCCAGUUCUGUAGUUUAACCUGUGAGCCUAAAAACACAUUCCAUGCCCAGGUAGAUAGGCAGGUAAACUUCAAACAAAUGUGCUGUGUUUCUAGUUAGUUUGUGUGUGUUUGUGAGUUAACUGGAGCAGAAGCAGCAGCCUUUGGCUUUGGGUGUCAGGGCCAAGUCUGCAGUGUGUUCAUCUGGGGCAAUAAAGGCCAGCAAAUACAGAAA